AUGACAGGCAAUUUCAUCGCCAGUUCGGUCAACGAAGAGCACGUUCUGGUCAGUGAAGAGCGGCGUAUACAAGGCCGACUAGAAGGACGAGCGGGAACGGCUCUAGGAGCCAUCUUUAGGGUUCAGAACAGGGACCUUAAGCUAGGCGCCUUCAAGGGUGCUUUGCCGCCACACCCAGGAUAUAGGAAAGCUCCUAAUUUUGCCGAUACAGUGAAACUGGAUACUCCUGAGCAGGAUGCUGAGAUCCCUAGCCGAUUUUACAUUGGCGGCGUGUCGUACGUUACACCAACCGAUCCCACGAACAACUGA